AUGCUCGUCUCUCGUCGUCUCCGUCUUCCGACGUCUUCUCUCCGCUUCUUCUCCUCUUCUCAUUCGUCCAUUCCGUCCAGAUUGACUCGAGAUGACGUCGAUUUUCUCUGGAAUCCUCCCGAGAAGUACAUGGACGACUUCAUGAAAUACGUUGGAACUUUCUCUGAAACUCUUCUCUCAUCCAUUCAUUCGUUUUUCAGCACGGCCAAUAUCGUACGGUCUUCAAGAGCGGCGACCUUGCUCAGUGGCAGAACAGUUUCGACGACGACUACACUUGGAUGCUGAUGUGUUUGAAAGGGACGACGAGGCCGGUGGCGACGAGCCACACGUGUGUCUUCCGACCGCUCAAGGCCGUCAACAAGCCGAUUCUGUUCAUGGGAUUCGGUUGGAUUGACGAGGAGUUCCGCAAGUUGGGAGUGGCUCCGGUGCUCAACCAGAUGUGUCUGGAGAAGGUUCCAAAUGAGAAGACCAACAUUGUCUCUCAAAUCAGUCAGUCUGAUCCUGGCUGAUAUCGGAUCGUGCUUCACUUUGUUUCCAGAUGAGCCUGGCCGCGCAUUCUGGCACUACAUGUGCAACAAACCGGACGAUGAGGACAUAGGAUCCGGAGCAAUGGAGGUCGGAUACAAGAGCUUCUACAAAUCGGAUCUCAUCCAAAUGCCAAAGAACCUGGGCGUGGAGGACAUCACCGUGCAGAAUGCGAGAGACGUUCCGAAGAAGGACAUCAUCCGGUACGAUCAGAAGAUCCAUCCGUACCACCGCGAACGCUACAUCAUCUCGCACCUUCACGACCGUGACGGCUUCGGAAAAGUGGCUUACGACGACGACGGAAAGGUGUGCGGCAUUGCUCAGGCGGUCAUUUAUCCGGCCGGCGACUGCAACAUCGGUCCGUUGUACGGAGAAAGCACACGCGUCGUGCAGGCAAUGUUCGCGAGCAUUCUGAAGGAUAUUCGGGCGUCGGGGAAGACUGUGACUCAGUUCGAAGUGAGAUCCGGACAGUUGUGCAAGGACAGUUUCCAGUAAGCGAGAUGAAAAUAGGCAAGGACAAAAAGAGAACGAGUUUCAGUUGGAUCACCCCGUUCCUCAAGUGCAAACCGAGCAGAGAGCACGUCUGCAACCUCGUCUACAAGCACUGGGCUCCCAGAGACAUUGACUUUUCGAAGGUUUACUGUCCGACUCACGCUCAGUUGUUCCUCGUGUAG